CCGGCAGAGGGCGGUCGAGCCUCGUGUUGAGUCUCGUGUGUCCGUGUUUACAAGUGGAGCGUGACGUGCUGGAUCGAACAGAACCGCGGCUUUCAGAGAACCAUGUCCCGGCUAGAGAGUCUGAAGAUGUUCCUGCAGGACAGACUGACGGCGGCCGCAGAGGAGAUCCUGGCGGCGGUGGAGGGUCUGCUGGCCGAGUACCGGGACGAGCUGGUCCGGGCCAAGGAGCUGGAGAUCGGCCGGCUCAGGCUGCAGCUGCUGCGGGCAGAACCCGGACCGGACCGGUGCGUCGGAGCCCAGGUUCUGCAGGACCUCCAGCAGCUGCAGCCUCCUGCUCCGGCUGCUGCCCCAGAGGAGGCGCCCUGUGAGGGGCAGGAGGACGGAGACAGCGGCAUGGAGCUUCCGGAGGCCUCCGAGGUGAAGAAGGAGCAGCAGAGGAGCAGAGAGUUCUGGAUGAACCCGGACUCCGAGCAGCUCCAGGUUCUGGACUCGGACAUGAAGAGCUUCAUGUGUCCAGGGUCCAGCCUGAAGAACCUGCAGGAGGCCGCGGACCUCCAGCACCUCCAGAGCUUCCAGCAGAACCACAGCGGGGACGAGUCCAGAGACAAAGCCUACACCUGCUCCGUGUGCGAGAAACGCUUCAGUAACUGUUCUCACCUGGCGGCUCACAUCCGGACUCACACAGGUGAGCGUCCGUACAGGUGCGACAUCUGCAGGAAGAGCUUCAUCACCACCAGCGCCCUGAACCGACACCAGACCAUCCACACGGAGGGGAAGCACUUCGCCUGCAGCUGCUGUGGGAAGACCUUCAAGUGGAUGGAGAGUCUGGGGAGACACAUGAGGAGCGUGCACAAGAAGGACGCCGUGCACGAGUGAGUCCUGAGGUCACGUGUUGGAGAAACAAAGUAAAAACAGGAAUAAGAGACAAACUGCUGUAAAGAAACACAACAAGAGUGAACAGAAUGUAACUUUUCUUGUUGUCUUUUGUUAUUGUUUUGUUAUGUUGGUUAAUGUGUCUGGACCUUAAACUGGAAGAACCUUUUAUAAACCAGUGAUGGUCAAUUUAUCUUCUCUGAAUAAAGUCUGAAUUCUGAUAA